UUUUUUUUUUUUUUUUUUUCUUACCUCACUUUUUUUUUUUUUUUUUUUGGACAUAUUCUUUGACCAAAAAUGGGUUCGUUUGAAAGUGAACCUCCUAGUUACGAUCAUGCUAUCCAGUCGACAGUUGAUCCAUCUCUCAUUCAUGAAUAUGGAAAAUAUAAUGAUGCUUCAGUAGAUUCCUAUGAACGUGGUGAACAAUUCAUUCAAGCCUUUGGGGCUCAAAUAGAUCAGUAUCCAAAACAUCUUGCUUCAGAAAUCCAGGUCCAAGGUCCGUUUUGUUUGAUGCUUGACCUUGCUUGUCAUGACAAUGCUUUAUUUCGCCAUCCUCUAUCCACAAGUCUUUAUCCAGCUUUCAAGUCAGACGGUGCAACCUAUAUUCAUUUUUGGCCUAAUGGUCGACCACAACAACAACAAGGAGAUACGGAUGUGACGAUACAAGGGUCUCAUCCAUGGGUAACUAUAGCACAAACAACAACAGUUCAUUAUUUUGAAAUCACGGUGGAAAUGGCAGCACGCGAUACGGUACUUUCUAUUGGCUUGACAACUAAACCUUAUCCUUUAUUCCGUAUGCCAGGAUGGAACAAGCAUUCGGUGGGUUAUCAUAGUGAUGAUGGCCAUGCGUUUUGUGACGAUAGUACGGGCGGCAAACAGUUCUGGAAUCCCUGGCAACAAGGCGAUACUGUAGGAUGUAUCUACCAUGUGGAAACGGGCACGGUGUAUUUCUCAUUGAAUGGUUAUCGUAUCAAUACCCCUGCUUUCUCUGGAUUGGAACCUCAUGCAUAUUAUCCAAGUAUUGCUAGUGAUGGUCCUGCCAUGGUCCGUGUCAAUUUUGGUGCUGCUCCCUUCAAAUACCCCUGUCAAGAUUGGAUUGGUUAUCAUCAUCGAUCUUCUUAGUUUAUCUACUUUUGUACCAUAGUUAUCAUCAUUCCACCCUUCUUUCUAUAUAUAUAUAUUCAAUAAAAUACAAUGUUUUUUUUAUUCCCUCUAAUCAUACAUAUAGCUUAUGUUCAAUAAAUG